GUGGGCCAUACAUGCAGCGGAUUUUCCAGUAUCCCCUAAAAGUAAUUUCGACUUACGCAGGUUAAGAAACACUGCGAGUUAACAUUAUUUUACUCAAAUAUAGUGAUUUCUAACGUAAAGUUAGUGCUCCUCUGAGAUCUCAAGUAAAGGGAGCUGUUAUAAAGGCACACCAUAACGUCUUAAACUGUAUUUUGGCGGGAGUUCAGUGUUGCCAUAACAUUGAAGAGGAAUCAGAGGGAAGGACUGUCAAGGGGAGGUACGAAGAUUAGCUUUGCUGCAGAUCUAAACAACAAAACCAAGACUGCCGGGACAAGGAAGAGAAAAUGCCUGUGAGACUCGAUCUUUCCAAGGCCCAGAAGAAGGAGGACACUCAUGUUCAAUACCUACCUUGCAAGAUUGACUUCUGUGGCAAUGCAGAGAUCGACAAGCAUUUCUCAGCCAGCGUGAGCGAGGGGCAGGAGGGAGCAGGUAUGGAUGGCAGACUGCGGGGGCAUCCUUUGAAUGGGGAGAAGAUGAGUGUCCCAAAGGGAUACACAGGAGUCGUGUUGAGGGAGGCACAGAUGUCUGUGGCAGCAGAAGGUGGCCAAGUGAUGAAGGGGUUGGCACUUUUUGAUAACUUCACCUACUGGAACUGGGACCGGCAGCCGUCACGCUCAGACAAGUACCAGCAGGCCCUUGACUGGCUAGAGGUGGCUAGUGUGAUCCAUGGAACUGAUGAUUGAAAUUUAUUGAAUGAUCUAGGAAAGAAAAUUUUAGUUCAUAAGUUAUAUAUUAUAUUUCCCCAUAGUUCACCUGAUUCCAUAAUAUUGAAUGAUCUUUUAGGGUCAGCCACAUGGGUACUAAAAUGUACAGAGCUAGAGUAAAAACCUCUUCUAUAAGAUCUGUGAUUCUUACUAAAUGAUUGCAUACUGCUUUCACUUGGCAUUAUUAAAAAAAAUGUCAUUCUCUUUUGUUCAGGAUACAUAACAUUUGUGAAUUUAAAUAUCUGCGUAAUUGUUUAUUGGUUUCAUGAUGAUUUUGGAAAUGAAAGUUCAUACUAGAGUC